GCGCAAGACAGUACGCGAUUUAAAUAUUAACCGUCGAUCAGUCCUUCAUUCACCUGUGCCUGUUCUCAUCUGUUUUACGCGCUUAAUUUUCAGGAAAAAUAAGCAAACGCGAACAUGGAAAGUGAUUCUUCACACAGAGAACAUUCGACAAUCUCCGAUUGUGUUUGGAAACUGCGACGCUACGGUCAAUUUCUUCCCGAAGGUAGUAACGUUUGCGCGUGGAAGAUUUUCGAGUCCAGUGAAAGCACUGGCAAGCUGGAGCUGAAUAUUCUGGGCUCUGGUCAUCUGCUAGUAUCUCAAGGCCAGGAACUCAUGGAGGGCUUUUCUCUGCUCAAUGCACAGAGCUUCCUGAAAAUCCAGCACAAAUCAGACAGUCUGCUGUUCAACAUUACAAUGAAAGUGUGUAAGGGUGAGAGCCGUUUGAUCCGACUGCAGUUUGAUGGAAGUAAUCGGGCAGAAGCGGCUGAGGCUUGCAGGAAAGCUGUGGAGAGGCUGCAGGAUUAUGUUCCUGUCCAGGAGCAUCUGACCACCCCUGCAUCUGCUGCUCCAUCUGAUCCUGCAGAACCUGGACCGUCUACACAGCAGCAGCAGGCUCCUGAAGAUGCACCACAGGCGGCCCCUGCCGUUGCCAUGGGACCGCUGUCAAUCAAACACCUUUCUCAGUACUUCCUGGGUGAGCGUGAGCUAUCCCUGCCGAUGGCGUAUCAUCAGUGUACGCUGCCCUCUGGAGACCUGGAGGCACUACUGCGUGUCUGCCUGCUCGAUUCUGGUUUUCCUGCUUUCGUGGAGGAAGUCGAGAAGAAGAUGAAAGAGCUGUUGCAAGAAUGAGGCAGGAUAUGCGUCGCUGAAAAUCGCCAGGAGCGUCUCCUCUCCUCGGAUACGUCCGUAUGGUCAGGAUAUGCAGUUGGUCAUCUGGAAACAGGGGAAGGGGAAGCAUUUAGUCGACUAAAGGGAACGUUCGCAUGCUGCUUUGUAACUCCAGGCUGAAUCAUAAAGUGUAAACCUUCA